AUGACGAGUUCACCCGUUUUCGCCGCUGUCAUCUCGCUACUCCUAGCUACUCUCGCGGUGGCUGAGAUUAAGUUCAUCACCAUCUCCGAUGAUUCUCGGCCAGUAAUCCUCUUACAGAAAUUCGUUGUUACUCAGACCGGUCAUGUAACCAUCUCUGUUUCCUCUGUUUCUACUUCGAGUCAGGACUGGUCAAGGAAAGGGUUCUACCUUGUAGAACAAGAAUCGGUUCUACAAGUAGACAUCGAGCUCCAGCAAAACUCUAGCUUCUGCGUACUCGACUCACACAAAGUCCACCAUAUCGAUCAGUCAUAUCAAAUAACCUCCCCUGGAGAUUACUCUCUCUUCUUUGCUAAUUGCGUACAAGGAACUAAGGUUUCGAUGAAGUGCAAAGCAGAGAUGUGCAAACAGAGAUACUUACCAGCCGGGUCAACCCUACUACCCGGUUUGUUUUUCGUCUGCUCCCUCUGCUACUUGACUUUCUUUGGUCUCUGGGUCUAUCUAUGCUACAACAAGAAGCAAAAGAUUCACAUAUUAAUAGCUGCUCUGCUUCUAAUGAAAUCCCUAAGUCUUCUGUGUAACGCUGAGGUUAAAUACUACGCGAAAACCACAGGCACGCCUCACGGCUGGAACAUAUCUUUCCAUGUUUUCCAGGUCAUUGGAAACGUUAUGCUCUUCAUGGUGAUUGUUCUAGUCGGAACAGGUUGGUCGUUCGUGAAACCUAUGCUACAAAAAAAGGAAAAAAAGUUAUUGAUGAUGAUUAUCCCGUUUGAGGUUAUAUCCACCAAUGCUUUGAUUGUGAUUGGAGGGACCGGACCAUAUGUCCACAACUGGUUACUUUGGACCUACGUCUUCUUGUUUGUGGAGAUAGCUUUCUGGGUGGCGAUGAGAUGUGUAAUAGAUUUGUGGAUGUUUUGCGUAAGAAAGAUAUCAAGAAAAGCGGUCACCUCACCAUGUUUUGGGAACUUCUACAGUUUGCUUUUUGUGUAUCUGCGUUUGACAAGGGUCGGUGUGCGUGCGUUGAAGAAGAUUGUUGGUUAUAAGUAUCAGUGGGUGAGUAAUGCAGCUGAGAUUGUAAGUCUUGCCUUUUAUGCAUUGAUGUGGUAUUAUAUGUUCAGGCCAAUGGAAAGGAAUGGGUACUUUGAUGUUGAAAAAGAAGAAGAAGAAGAAUUGUUACAGAACUUUGCCCUAGAGGAAGAUCGAGUUUGA